ACUUCGGCGGCCGAAGUUCGGCCUGAUACGGAAAAUGGCGAUUUGCGAGGUUGUUUGAAGCCAGUUUGAGUAAACACACUCGCGUGCGGACUCGCAAUUUUGAUUAAAUGUACUCUGAAAAUGAUGUGAUGUGGACUGUGUGCGAUGGCGAGCAAAGAGUUAACCGGCCAUCAGCAGCAGUUCGUUGAGGAAAUCGAUUAUAAUGAAAUUGAAACAGAGCAGGUAGUAGGCAAAGGUUCCUUCGGAGUUGUGUGGAAAGGAAAAUGGAGAGGACAGGACGUCGCUGUGAAACAUAUAAAUUCGGAAGGAGAAAGAAAAGCCUUUACUGUGGAAGUUAGGCAGUUAUCCAGAGUCGCCCAUCCCAAUAUUGUUAAACUAUAUGGUGCAUGUACUAAGAAUCCGGUAUGCUUGGUAAUGGAAUAUGCGGAAGGUGGCUCAUUGUAUAACGUACUGCAUUGCAAUCCUCAACCACAUUACACUACUAGUCAUGCCAUGAGUUGGACUCUCCAAUGUGCGCGUGGUGUUGCGCAUCUUCAUAAUAUGAAACCAAGGCCAUUGAUACACAGAGACCUAAAGCCACCGAAUUUGUUAUUAGUUAUGGGUGGACAAAUUCUUAAGAUUUGUGACUUUGGUACAGCCUGCGACUUAAAUACAUAUAUGACAAAUAAUAAAGGCUCAGCUGCGUGGAUGGCACCAGAAGUGUUCGAAGGAUCCAAGUAUACAGAGAAGUGCGACGUAUUUAGUUGGGGUAUCAUUUUGUGGGAGGUUUUGACACGUAAAAAGCCCUUUGAUGAUAUUGGAGCUUCAGCCUAUAGAAUAAUGUGGGCUGUUCAUGUAGGACAAAGGCCUCCUUUAAUAGAAGGAUGUCCACAACCAAUUGAGGAUCUUCUGACUAGAUGUUGGCAAAAAGCACCUGAAAAGAGACCUCCUAUGGACGAAGUAGUAAGCAUAAUGACUGAACUGUCAGAAUUUUUCAGUCACCAUUUAGAACCUGUUGAAUAUUCCCUAAGUAGCGGAGCUGAUGAGGUAGACGAGAAUGAAAUAGCAGAUACGCUGGAUAUAGCCAGUACGUUAGAUUCUCUGAUGAACGGCUCUGUUGCGAACGGCACUAUUACAACUCCUAAGCGGCAAGUAGGAAAAACUAACGAAUGUUCCAAUGAAGAAAAAUCAUCACAACUUGAGCAAAAUAAUUUAGGAUUUCAACAAGUACCUGACGAGUGUUCGGUAUUGAAUAACCAUUUUCCUAUGGACAGUUCAGAACACGCUCAAUCGCCGAUCUCGCAAAGUACAACAGUACAACCGAAGACAUGCAACGACAAGUUCGUCGCAUUGCAACAGAAAAACUAUAAUCUCGCUCCGUUGCAUGUGGAGUGCGAUCCGCAUGCUUGGGAUUUACCGAGUUCCUCUGAUACAUCGUGGGAAAUUCCAAAUAACAUGGCUGGAUUAGAUAAGGUGGUUCAGAAGACGAAGAAAAAUGUUCAAAGUAGCAGCACCACGAGCGAAGACCUGGGCAAUGUUUGUCGCCUUUUGGAUGCCGACCUCAGACCUCUCACGCCCGACGACACGUGCAAGCUUUCGUGCGAGAUCUUCGAAGAACACAAGCAGAUAGCGCAGGAAUAUCUCAAGGUCCAGACGGAGAUAGCGUUGUUGAGCCAGCACAAGAACGAAAUGCUGAAGGACCUAAGCAUCGACAGCCUCACGCAGCAGCAAGAGCUGCGGCAAUUAGAAGACGAAAAGGAGUCUCUGGUGCAGCUGUACCGCAACCUGAAGCGGCAAUUGCAAAUCAUGAAGGAUCAGAGGAUCAACGGGGCGCUGACGAGCGCGGCCACCGCAGCCGCCGCGCCGACGAUAGGUCCCGCCGUUUCCGGGAACAACGGUUGGGUGGUGGUGCCUUGUCAGGACCCGUCGAGGCUUUCUUGAGACAUUGCGAUUUAAUAUAUCCGGGAGUCUCAGCGAGAAUGUACUUACGCUGCGCGUUCGCAGCGAUGUGCCGGCGGCAGCGAUGUGCAUCACGCGGAUGGAAUUGCGUAAAAAUUCCAAUCCAAUUUCGUACGAAUAGGAAUCAUCGUGCCGCUUAUUACCGAUAAACUCGAGGGUAUGUGAGCGUCAAUACGGUCAUCCAGCGAGAAACCGUUCCUUUUGUUUCGAUCAUGUUUUAUCGAAUUCGAUAUCCACGACGCGGAAACUGUAUAAUUGACUUUCGAUUUUACAAUGUAGGAGCAAUGCAGUUUCAAAUACGCGCGAUACGACUUCCAUUAGGCUUUUCUACAGGGUUUUGCGGUCGCAUCUUUUGUCUUGCCGUCACAUUUUCCUCGUUUGCGGUGCGAGAUUGAUUAAUAUCGCAGCACGGAACUCUCCCAAGCGCAUGUAAGUGCCACAACAUUAUUUAGAAUGCAAGGGGAGAGAUUUUUCAAUUGCUUUCCAGAUAUUUUUAACGUAACAAUAAUGCAAUCUAGUCGUCUCGAUGAUGAACUCACAAUUUAUUGAAUUUGUUGUUUGCAUUUCAACGUAUAGAAAAUAUAUUGUGUGAUACGUAAUUUUUAUCAUUUAGCUUAUUGCAUUGCUUAUCAGUGAAAAAUAUCAUGUACAGAUUUUAAUUUGAUAUAACGUGUCGCAGAGAGGAAAAAGAUGAUGUUGCAAAUGAAACACGAAUAUUGAACAGUCAUCAACGAAUAUAUCAUUUUUUAGAUUAUAUUCGGAUCUUAUAUUUUUACGCGGCACGCAUAAUAUUCGCCUGUCUGAUAGGAACUGAUCACGUGUCAGAGAUGUAAUCUAUACAUACGACUAUAGUAAUAUUACCACUCUUAGUCAAUCAUGUUGCAAAAACAAAAACAAUAAUUAAAUAAUGAAGGUUUUAAUUUGAAAUAAACUUUGUUAAUGUGUGUUUGUUUGAGCAUCGUGAAUAAUUUUAUAACAUGCCGAGAAGUUCGAUUUGACUUUUCGGCAACAAUAGAUCUAUUAAAUUUUAAAUAUUUAUGAAAGCAGUAUAUUAAUGAAAAACAUGCAGGAGUAUGCUGGUAUUUCUAUUUCAAUUUAAAACCGAGUAUAUACAGUAGCGGUCAAUGAAAUGUACUCACCGAAAUUAUUGUUUUCUUUAAACUCUGAAGCAAAGUACUGUACUAAAUCGUAAAAUUUAUAUUAAAGGGCAUUAUUAACACA